AUGCGCGCGAGCCUCGUCUGGACCGACACCCCCCCCGAGAAGGACGGCGUGAAGCCGGUCUGCCACUCCCUCGCCUUCUCCCCCGAUGGCACGCGCCUCGCCGCGGGCGCGGGGAGCCGCGUCCUCGUCUACGACGCCGUCGAGGGCAUGCUGCUCCACACGCUGCGCGGGCACAAGGCGACGGUCAACGCCGUCGCGUUCAACGGCGACGGCAAGCGCUUCGCCUCGGGCGGCGCGGACAACACGGUGAUCGUGUGGACGUCGGAGUGUCAGGGGCUGCUGAAGUUCACCCACAACCACUCGAUCCAGUGUUUGGCGUACAAUCCGGUGACGAUGCAGCUGGCGUCCGGGACGGAGGCGGACCUCGGCCUGUGGUCGCCGGAGCAGAAGUCGGUGUCGAAGGUGAAGGUGGCGUCGAAGUGCGUCAGCGUGGCGUGGUCGGGCGACGGGCAGGCGCUGGCGACGGGCCACAUCGAUGGUGCCGUGAUCAUCCGGGACAAGGCCGGGGCGGAGAAGGCGACGAUCCGCCGGGGCGGCCCCGCGUGGAGCCUCGUGUGGGGCCCGCUGCCGGACGCGGCGUCGGAUGCGGGCGAGGUGCUGACCGUGGGGUCGUGGGACCAGCAGCUCGCGGUGUUCACGGUGGCGGGGGAGGAGCUGUCGGAGCUGUCGUCGAAGCUGGAGUGCGCGCCGAACGCGAUGUCGCUGACGGAGGGCGGGGAGCUGAUGUGCGUGGCGGGGGCGAACAAGAUGGUGACGUUGCACAGCCGCGACGGCAAGAAGCUGCAGACCCUGGUGAACAAGGGCACGUGGAUCUGGGCGUGCCGCGUGCACCCGGGGUCCGCCGCGGCCGCGCCGAUGGUCGCCGUCGGGUGCGGCAACGGCACGGUCUCGGUCUACAACCUGGUCACGUCCACCGUGCAUGCGCUCUACCAGGACCGCUACGCCUACCGCGAGAGCAUGUCGGACGUCGUGGUGCACCACCUGAUCACGGACGCGAAGCUCCGGAUCCGGUGCCGGACGUACGUGCGGCGCAUCUCGGUGUACAAGGACAAGCUAGCGGUCCAGAUGCCGUCGUCGGUGGUUAUAUAUGAGCUGCGGAAGCCGGACGACCCCGCGAAGGAGCCGGUCGAGCUGUCGAUGGAGUACCGGCCGCUCACGCGGCUCGCGCGGCCGCUGGAGUGCAGCCUGCUGGUGGUGACGGCGCGGCACAUCGUCUUGUGUUCGGAGCGCAACCUGCAGAUGCUUACGUUCGACGGGCGGCAGGAGCGGCAGUGGAGCCUCGCGAGCACGAUCCGGUACAUCAAGGUGCUCGGCGGGCCGCCCGGGGAGGAGGGUUUGCUGGUCGGGCUGAAGGACGGGGGGGUGUAUCAGGUCUUCCUAAACAACCCCUUCCCCGUGGAGCUGGUGAAGCACGGUGUCGCGGUGCGGUGCCUCGACAUCAACCUCACGCGGACGCGCAUCGCGCUCGUCGACGACGAGGAGCGCGUGUGCGAGUACAGCGUCGCCACGCGCAAGCUGGAGUGGUCGUCGCCGGGCGCCACGUCCGUCGCCUUCAACUCGCAGUCGGACAGCGUGCUGUGCUACUCGUCGUCGUCGGGGCAGCUCUUCGUCAAGGUCGCGGACCUGCCGGAGAAGAUCCAGCAGCGGCUCACGGGCUUCGUCGUCGGCUUCAAGGGCGCCAAGGCCUUUUGUUUGCAGAUGGCAAACAUGGCCGUCAUCGACGUGCCGCUCACGCCGGCGAUGCUGCAGUACAUCGAGCGCCGGAACUUCAAGGCCGCGCACCACAUCGCGUGCAUGGGCGUCGCGGAGUCGGACUGGCGGCGCCUGGGGUACGACGCGCUGUGGAAUGUCGAGCUCGAUGUGGCCAGGAAGGCGUUCCUGCGCGUGCACGACGUGCGGCAGCUGGACCUCGUCGCGCGCAUCGCGCGCAUGCGCGACCGCGGGAUGGCGAAGGAGCUGCUGCAGGCGGAGGUGCUGGCGUUCCAGGGGCGGUACCAGGAGGCGGCGCGGCUGUGCGCGAACGCGGGGAGCAUGGAGCGGGCGAUCGCGAUCUUCUCGGACCUGCGGGAGUUCCAGGAGGCCGCGCGGUUCGCGGAGGAGCUCGGGCAGGGCCACCUGUCCGCGGUGCAGGAGCUGGUUGAGCGCCAGGCGGAGUGGAGCCUUGAGAUGCGGGACUGGGGCGCGGCCGCGGAGAUGUACGCGCGCGCGAAGCGCUACGACAAGGCCGUGGCGCUCCUGCGGCGGCACGAGUUGUGGAGCGAGCUCGGGCGGCUCCUGGCGCAGGUGCCCAAGACGGAGACGGCCGUGCUGCGGGAGUGCGCGCAGGAGCUGCUCGAGGCCAAGCAGUGGGACUACGCGAAGGAGGCCCUCCUCCGGCUCGGCGACUUCAGGGGCCUCGCGCAGGUCUACGUGGAGACCAAGUCCUGGGACGACGCAUUCAACCUCCUGCAACAACACAAGGAGCUGGCGCCGGAGAUCUACCCGGCGUACGCGCGCUGGCUGCUCGAACAGGGGCGGUUCGACGAGGCGCUCAGGGCCUUCGCGAAGGCCGGCACGGGGGACGCCGUGGGCGUGCUCGAGUCCCUCGCCGGCAGCGCGGUGGCGCGGGAGCUCUUCGGGGAGGCCGCGGUGUACUACCACAUGCUGUCGACGGAGCAUCUGAAGCGCCUGCAGACGGAGCCAGGCGCGAUGGGCCCUGCGGACCGCCGCGUUCUCGACGCGUUCUCCGACGCGUACGACUCCUCGGAGGUGUAUUGGGCCUAUGCCUUCAUCCACGCUGCAGAGUCACAGCCCUUCACGACGCUCGACGCGUCGACGCUCUUCAACGCGUCGCGGUUCCUCUACAUGCGGCUCCUGCAGCUCCAGCAGGCCGCCAAGCCGGCGCCGUCGGGCGUGCAGGUCACGCGCGUACUGCACUGCUUGGCGCGACGCAGCGAGGAGCUGGGCGCGUGGAAGCUGGCGCGGACGGCGUGGGACCGCAUGCUGCGCCUGCGCGUGCGCAGCGACGCGCGGGAGCCCGCGGAGGUCGCCGGGCUGCUCGCGCGCGGCCGGCCGGCUACGGAUGCGGAGGACCUGCAGCCGGUGUGCUGGCGGUGCAUGCAGGUCAACCCUCUCAUCAACGACCAGGGGGACUUCUGCACGAACUGCUCGUCGCCGUUCGUGCGCUCCUUCUUGACGUUCGAACACCUCCCCCUGGUGCCGUUCGAGACCGAGCCGGACAUCUCCGACGCCGAGGCCGUCGCGCUGCUCUCGGAGGAGCCGCCCGAGGACAACGUCCUCACGCGGGCCAAGCAAGAGAUCCAGCGCGGGCAGUCGCUGCGCGUGGGCGGAGCAGACGUGAUGCGCAUCGACGACGGCGACGACGACAUCCAGGACAUGGUCGCGGGCGGCGCGAUCGACCCGUUCACGGCGCAGCGCGAGCUCGGGCAGGUCAUCCGCGUCGACCGCGAGGUGCUGCGCGCGCUCCGGCGCAACGAGGUGCUCGUGCGGUCGUGGCCGUCGCCGCACGUGCCGUGCCAGUUCUACCGCGUGAUGGACGCGGACGUGCCGAUGUGCGUCGGCGUGGACGGGCACUUCUACGAGCGCGACGAAUACGAGCUCAAGAGUCUCGAAACGGGCUUCCUGCCCUUCACGAAGACCUCUGCGGCGGAACGCGGGGACGAGAUCGACAACCACCACCCCGUGAGCGGGUAG